AUGAUCAGCACUAGAUUGUCUGCAGAUUGCUUGGUGCCUUCCGCCUUCUUUCUGUAUAUAUUCUUGCUUUGUUCGUCUCGUCUACACUGCUAUGCUAGAGAUAUUCUGAAGCCUGGCGAGCGGAUUACUGACAAUGGAGAAACUCUCGUCUCCACCGGAGGAAGGUUUGCAUUGGGAUUCUUUACUACUACCAACAAAAGUUUUGUCGGGAUAUGGUAUAACAAGUGGGAUCAACAAGCAAUUGUAUGGGUGGCCAACCGAGACAAUCCAGUACUCAAGGGCACUUCCACCAGAGGUUCAUUUGGAAUUGGAGAAGAUGGCAACUUCAAGGUGUUCGAUGCCACCGGAAAAGAGUAUUGGUCUACAGUUCUUGAUGAUAAAUCCUUGUCUACAAAUCGAAUUACUCUGAGUCUGAAGCUCAUGGAUUCUGGAAACCUGCAAUUAUUAAGCAGAAAUGAUGAUCAGUCGGUGGAGAGCCUGUGGGAGAGCUUCAAAAAUCCGACGGAUACAUUUCUUCCAGGUAUGAAGAUGGAUAAGAACCUGAUGUUGACUUCAUGGAAAGGUUAUGGCGACCCGGGAAGAGGGAAAUUCACGUUUAAGCAAGAUCCAGAAGAAGAGGGCCGGUAUAUUAUCUCAAAGAAACCGGUCGAUUACUGGAAAAGUCGGAAGGGAAGCAAUUUCGUGGGCUCAGAUCCUCUGCGUCAUGCAAUACUCUGCUUGUUAUCGAAUUUCAGCGAGAGCGUCAAUUAUAGCAUGUAUAAUAAGUCAACAAAACUGCCUCGCGAUUAUAGUUCCACAAGGUUGGUGAUGGAUUACAGUGGCCAAUUAAAGUAUCUGACGUGGGAGUUGGAUCAUUGGAGUUUGAUAUGGUUUGUGCCGGAAGACAACUGUAGCGUUUAUAAUGUCUGCGGGAACUUCGGCAGCUGCAAUAUUAACGAUAGGAUAAGAUGCAAAUGUUUGCCGGGGUUCAAGCCUAGUAACCCGGAGAAGUGGAAUUCUGAAGAUUUUUUUGGUGGGUGCAUCAGAAAAUCGACGUCAUGUGGCAAGAGCGACACGUUCUUGAGCUUGAAGAUGAUGAAAGUGAGCGACCCAGAUUCUGAUUUCGAGGGAAAAAAUGAAACAGAGUGUAGAAACGAGUGCCUCAACGACUGCCAGUGCAAAGCUUAUUCAUAUGAGGCGGCGAAAAACAGAAAGCAACAAAGAGGUGAAUCAGGUGAUAACAGUACCUCUAGUGCGGCGGACGUCUGCCGGAUUUGGAGUAAGGAUGUAACUGGUCUGCAAGAGGAGUAUGCAAACGGUGGUCGUAACCUCUCCGUCCGCAUAGCCAAAUCUGAUAUAGAAUCGACAACAAGGAAUUGUGAGCCUUGUGGCACAAACAUGAUUCCCUAUCCGCUCAGCACUGGACCAAAUUGUGGUGACCCCAUGUACUUCAGUUUCUACUGCAACUAUUCCAUAGCCCAGGUUAGCUUCAAGACACCCAGUGGCACCUAUCGAGUCACCAGUAUCGAUCCAAGUACACGACAAUUUGCCAUCCAAGUCAAACAUGCAGCAUAUGAUAGAAAUUCAAGUGGAAUUCUGCAGCUCAAUGAGUCAUUACCGUUUAAUAUUGUGACUGCUGAUUCUGGAAUCCAUAGUUCUCAAGUUACAGAUGAUCAAGUAGAGAUUAGUUGGGAGCCCCCGCAAGAGCCAAGUUGUAUUUCAUCCAGAGACUGCAAGGACUGGCCAAAUUCAACUUGCAAUGCCGGAAGAGAUGGAAAGAGGAGGUGCCUUUGCACUGGAAACUUCAUAUGGGACGGCUCAAAUUUUAAUUGUACUAAAGAUGGUGAUUUUCCUCAGACUUCAAAAGGAAAGAUGUCGUUGACUCUAAUUGUUACGAUACCUCUAAUAGUAGUGUUUGUUCUGGCAAGUGCAAUUGUUUGUAUAUGUUUGUGGAGAAGAAAGAAGGCCAAGAAACAAGAAAACAUAAGAAGCAACGAAAGAAAUCGAGUACUUCGCACAUUUGACAGUGAAAGACAUCUCAAAGACUUGAUGGACUCGGGUGAGUUCAAGGAAGAAGAUGAGAAAGGCAUAGAUGUACCAUUCUUUGAUUUGGAAAGCAUUCUAAUAGCUACAAAUAGCUUCUCGGAUGCAAACAAGCUCGGCGAAGGAGGCUAUGGGCCAGUUUACAAGGGCACAUUUUCAGGUAGUCAAGAAAUUGCAGUAAAGAGGCUCUCAAGUGUUUCAAGACAAGGCUUUCAGGAAUUUAAAAACGAGGUAGUGUUAAUUGCAAAACUUCAACAUAGAAAUCUUGUUAGACUUCGGGGAUAUUGCAUACAAGGAGAUGAAAAGAUUUUACUCUAUGAGUACAUGCCCAACAAAAGCUUAGACUCAUUUAUAUUUGAUCAAAAGCUAAGCAUGUGUUUGGAAUGGGAAAUGCGCGUCAACAUCAUUUUGGGAAUAGCUCGUGGGCUUCUUUAUCUUCACCAUGACUCCAGAUUGAGGAUCAUCCAUAGAGAUCUGAAAACCAGCAACAUUCUUUUGGACAAUGAGAUGAACCCCAAAAUAUCUGACUUUGGCUUGGCAAGGAUUGUUGGAGGCAAAGAAACCGGGGCAAACACAAAUAGAGUAGUUGGAACUUAUGGCUAUAUGUCUCCAGAGUAUGCAUUAGAUGGAGUUUUCUCAGUUAAAUCUGAUGUUUUUAGCUUUGGUGUAGUUCUACUUGAGAUUAUAAGCGGAAAAAAGAAUACAAGAUUUUACGAGUCAGAACUAGCCAUGAGCCUUAUAAGUUAUGCAUGGAAAUUAUGGGUUGAAAACCAAGCAUUGGACUUUAUGGACCCAGCUCUACACGAAGUUUGCAAUGCAUAUCAGUUUGUGAAGUGCUUAAAUGUUGGACUCUUAUGCGUACAAGAAGACCCAAAUGACCGUCCCACCAUGUCAAACAUUGUUAUCAUGCUUAACAGUGAAACUGCAAUAGUUCCAACCCCAAAACAACCAGCAUUUGUUCCAUGGAGAGGCCUUUCUAGCAGAGCUACUUCUUCUAGUAAACCGUACACAUAUACAGAAUCAACUAGUAGCUUAGAAGGAAGAUGAUCGAUAAUGCAUGAUACCAAUGCAAGUUCUCUUGCAAAGGUUUUGGGGGACAAAACAUUGGUUUUUAUAAAUAAGAAGGUUGUAAUAGCCCUUCACCCAAAUGAAACUUUUCUCCCUAUAUCUAUUCCCUUACAAA